AUGACGAAGUCGGCACUUGCAGACACUAAAGAAGAACCUCACGUUCCCUUUGGUGAGAUUCAGGGCUACACCCCUUGUGGCGUACCUGCUUACAGCAACGGACAUGAUGGCUUUUUUUCGGGAGAGCGCAGUAUUGACGGGAAUCUUUUCUGCGGUUUCAAAUACCAAUGUGUAGAAUUUGCUCGUCGUUGGUUAUAUGAGGCCAAAGGGCUUGUUCUUCCAGACGUUAAUUGGGCUGCUCACAUAUUUGAUCUAACAGAGGUUCAUGACGCAAGCACUGCAACCCCCGUCCCGUGCGUUAAAGUUUCCAACGGAACAGCAGCGAAGCCCGUGGCAGAUUCGUUGCUGAUUUACGCCGUUAAUGAGGAUGCGCCAUGGGGACAUGUCGCGGUUAUCACAGAGGUGGGUGACAAAUGGGUGCGCAUUGCGGACCAAAACCAUCGGUUUCAUAAGUGGAAGGGGACCUACUCGGCAGAGUUGUUGCUGAAGCACGAAGGAGGUGUGUGGACUGUUGAGGAUCAUGCAGCAGAGGGAAUCUUUGUUCCUCUGGGGUGGGUUACAUUCCCUAGUAGGCCAAACCGUAAUCCUAAGGAACCAUUGGUGUUGCAUGAGUCACUUUACUUUAAACAACCAGAGAAGCCUUUCCUUCGUCGCGUUGUUUUCACUCCAGAGAAUCGAAAGACUGACUGGCUGGACUUGACAAACGAAGCCGAAGCGGAAUUCUACAAAACAUUUGGUAAGGAGGCGACUCGAGGAGGGGUGUACGAAUCAUGUUACUAUUUGAUGAACAGGGAGUUGUACCUUAACUGCGUCCGUUACGGUACGCAGCUGCAUUCAUUCUUUCUCGAGGCAACAAAGCAGGUGCUUGAGAGCGACGAUAAGUUACGUCGAUUUCGCAUCCCAGAAGAGUAUUGGCCUCGCAUCCGGCACUCAUGGAAAACUCAGCCCCAUGCCAUCACGGGGCGGUUUGACUUUGUUUUUGAUGAAAACACUCAAGAAUUCAAGUGCUUUGAAUACAAUGCGGACAGCGCGUCGACACUUCUCGAAUGUGCUGUAAUCCAAGAGAAGUGGGCAAACUCCGUUGGGUUAGACGACAAUGCUACAAGAAGCAGCGGGAAAUUCAUGCCCCAAACACUCGUCCGGGCGUGGGAAAUGACGGGGUUGAAGGGGCGUGUGCAUUUUCUUGUGGACGAUGACGGGGAGGAACGUUAUACUGCUUUGUAUGUGAUGGAGAAGGCUCGAGAGGCUGGUAUUGACGCGAAAUUGUGCGUCAUGUUUGACGAGUUCCAUUUCGAUGAAAAGGGAGCAGUUGUGGAUUCGGACGGCAUUCCGGUGACGGCUGUGUGGAAGACGUGGAUGUGGGAGACGGCGAUUUCUGAUCAUCAAGCUGCACGAGAGCAGCGUGGCGCGGAGUGGAAGCCCACGCCAAAGGAUAAGGUUCGCCUGUGUGAUAUUCUUCUCGGAAAUAACUGGGACAUACGUGUCUUUGAGCCUAUGUGGAAACUCAUUCCCAGCAACAAAGCAAUAUUGCCCAUUAUUUAUAAUAAUCACCCCGACCACCCCGCCAUACUUCCCGCAAGUUAUGAACUCACUGAUGAGCUUCGCCGCACCGGCUAUGCAAAGAAGCCCAUCGUUGGCCGUGUAGGAAGGAAUGUGACCGUCACUGAACCUGACGGCAAAGUUCUAGCUGAGUCUGAUGGCAACUUCAGUAACCGUGACAUGGUGUAUCAACAACUUUUCCGCAUACCAAAGCGAGGCGAUUACUACGCAAUUCUCGGGGGCUGGAUGCUCGGUGACACCUACAGUGGUACAGGUGUACGUGAGGACAAAAAGCUUAUCACUGGGCUCGAAUCUCCGUUUGGUCCCGUACGUAUUCAAAUGUAG